UGCCGCUGCUGGGACGAGAUAUCUUAAACAAUAAUGUGUCCAAAUCACGCGUCAGGGAUGACGUGCGGGAGAUGCCAAUGGGCGCAGCUCGUGUUUUUGUGUUGAGAUCACGAGGUUAGCCUUAGCUUCAGCACACAGACUGCCAGACUCACGACAGUAUUGUCAUUACUGCCCUGUCACAUUAGCAGACAUCCCUCCCCCGAAGAGAGUGAGCAGCUAUGGCCGAGCAGGACAUUUGUCCCCACCUGGACUCCAUAGGAGAGGUAACCAAAGAGGACCUCCUCCAGAAAUCCAAGGGAACUUGCCAGUCCUGUGGAGCAGGUGGCCCAAACCUGUGGGCCUGUCUGCAGAACGAUUGCCCGUAUGUCGGUUGUGGAGAGUCCUUCUCUGAUCACAGCACCCUGCAUGCACAGGCCAAACGGCACAAUCUGACGGUGAACCUGACGACGUUCAGAAUCUGGUGUUACGUGUGUGAGCGAGAGGUGUUUCUGGAGCACAGGCCCGCCCUGGUGCCUGCACUCGCUGCUCCACACCACUGUAAGGCUGCGGAGCAGGAAGCAGCUCCGCCGCCAGUAGGUCACCCGCUGAAAGCAGUACCAAUUGCUGUGGCAGAAGAAGAAGGUUCAGAGUCAGAGGAGGAUGAGCUUAAACCCAGAGGCUUGACAGGAAUGAAAAAUAUUGGAAACUCUUGCUACAUGAAUGCAGCUCUUCAAGCCCUGUCCAACUGUCCUCCUCUCACUCAGUUCUUCCUGGACUGCAGUGGACUGGUCCGGACCGACAAGAAGCCUGCUCUCUGCAAGAGCUACCAGAAACUCAUCUCAGAACUCUGGCAUAAAAAACGGCCCAGUUAUGUUGUCCCUACCAGUCUGUCUCAUGGCAUCAAACUAGUAAACCCCAUGUUUCGUGGUUACGCUCAGCAGGUAGGGGCAAGCACCCAGCAGGACACGCAGGAGUUCCUGCGCUGUCUGAUGGACCAGUUGCACGAGGAGCUGAAGGAGCCGCUGACGGAGUGCAGCAUGAGCAGCGAGGGAAGCGAUGGGGAGGACAGAAGAGACGGCGACCGCUCCCCGUCUGAGGAUGACUUCCUGUCGUGCGACUCCGGCUCCAGCAGCGACCGGGGGGAGGGAGGAGGCCCGGGCGAGGGUGAGCUGCUCGUGCAGGACGAGUGCGACGGCCUCAGGUCACUGACUGUGGGCAUGGUGGGUGUCAGACCCGGCGGGGGACUCAUCUCGGAGAAGGAGAGGCUGAAGGAGCGAAGAGUGUCCGGCUCAUCCCUCCGUGGAGGCUCGCAAGAGAUGGACGAGGACGCUGACGUGGACACAGCGGCUGCGGAGGAGGUUCCGGAGGUAGGAGAGGAAGAGGAGUUGACAUCAGCUCCCGACACAGAGGUCCAAAACCAAGAAAACAACCCAACAUCUAAUACCGGGCAAGGGCUGGUUCAGAGCAGCCCCACCUCAGUAGAACCAGACAAUGAAGCAUCAAUGACCCAGCCGCAGUCCACUCCCUGCAGUCCAGUGCGAACACUCCAGGAGCUGCAUAACAAACUGUCCUCUAGUCCACCUCGCUCUAGCCCACUUCGCUCUGCGGGACCUGUGUACGCUUUCAAAAAAGCUCAGCUGCUGCUCGGUGCCAGGAAGAAGAAGCAGUCCCACUAUCGCAGUGUGAUCUCGGACAUCUUCGACGGCUCCAUCCUCAGUCUGGUCCAGUGUUUAACCUGCGACCGGGUGUCCAACACAGUAGAAACCUUCCAAGACUUGUCCCUGCCUAUCCCCGGCAAAGAGGACUUGGCCAAGCUCCACUCCUCCAUCCACCAGAACCUUCCAGUGAAGACGGGUGCGUGCCCCGACACUUACGGCUCGCAGGGCUGGAUCACCUACAUUAUGGACUCCAUACGCCGGUUCGUGGUCUCAUGUAUCCCCAGUUGGUUCUGGGGGCCCAUGGUAACACUAGAGGACUGCCUCGCUGCCUUCUUCGCUGCGGAUGAACUUAAAGGGGACAACAUGUACAGCUGUGAGAGAUGUAAGAAAUUGAGGAAUGGUGUCAAAUAUUGCAAAGUGCUGCGACUUCCAGAGAUUCUGUGCAUUCACCUGAAACGUUUCCGGCACGAGGUCAUGUAUUCGUUCAAGAUUAACAGCCACGUAUCGUUCCCAUUGGAGGGCCUCGACAUGCGACCUUUCCUGGCUAAGGAGAGUCCGUCUCAAGUCACCACCUACGAUCUGCUGUCAGUCAUUUGUCACCAUGGCACGGCAGGAAGUGGACACUACAUAGCUUACUGUCAGAAUGUGAUCAAUGGCCAGUGGUAUGAGUUUGAUGACCAGUACGUCACCGAGGUCCAUGAGACGGUGGUGCAGAACGCAGAGGCCUAUGUGUUGUUCUACAGGAAAAGCAGCGAGGAGUCGGUGAGAGAGAGGCAGAAGGUGGUGGCUCUGGCCAACAUGAAAGAGCCCAGCCUGCUGCAGUUUUACAUCUCCAGAGAAUGGCUCAACAAGUUCAACACCUUCGCCGAACCAGGGCCCAUCAGCAACCACACUUUUCUCUGUCAGCACGGAGGGAUCCCUCCUAAUAAAUACCACUACAUAGAUGACCUGGUUGUGAUAGUUCCUCAGAAUGUGUGGGAGUACCUUUACAACAGCUUUGGAGGCGGCCCUGCAGUCAACCACCUGUACAUGUGUGCAAUCUGCCAGGUGGAGAUCGAAGCUCUGGCUAAACGCAGAAAAACGGAAAUAGACACCUUCAUUAAGCUGAACAAAGAGUUUCAGGCCGAAGAGGCUCCACCAGUGAUCCUGUGCAUCAGCAUGCAGUGGUUCAGAGAGUGGGAGAGCUUUGUGAAGGGCAAAGACAAUGAGCCGCCUGGUCCCAUCGACAACAGUAAAAUUGGCGUCAUGAAAGGAGGACACAUACAACUGAAGCAAGGUGCAGACUAUGGUCAGAUCUCAGAGGAGACGUGGCAGUACUUGCUGGGUAUUUAUGGCGGCGGCCCUGAGAUCGCAGUGAGACAGACGGUGGCCCCGGCCGACCCUGACAGCCUGCACGGAGAGAGGAAAAUCGAGGCAGAGACCAGAGCACUUUGAGACAAAGAGAGGUCUUCUGAUCGUUCCAUGUUCCACUCCUGCACUCACAAGAAGCGGAUGGAAUUUGCACCUCGGCGAAGAAGCCUGGUUGUGAGCACUUUGUAAAUGUAGCAAACGUAUUAUGCUGAAUCCCUGUCGCAGGAAGGUGAAAUGGCAGUUAACUAUCACAUAGUUUAUUCAUUGGAUAACUCUGAUCCUCAACGUUAAGGUGUAGUAAUAAGACGUCUUGUCAACAUCCCUGGGGUGUAUUUGGUAGGUAUGGUGUUUCAGUGACUGCUGUACAGUGACUAGGGGUCAUAUACUGCCAAAGCUGACUGAGGCAGGCAAAGACAGCUGCUGGUGUCACGAACCGGAAUUAUGCCGAUAGCGGAAGUGCAGUGUGAUGUUUGGCCUCAUGACUUUUCUUCUGCACUGGGAGCAACAAGCAGUAGACAUUAACACGCUUUUUGUUGUUUGCCUGUUUACCAGUUGCAUAGGAACGCGAGCGAUCGCAUAAAUCAUACUCUUGCACCUCCAACCUUAAAUACACACACACACACACACACACACACACACACACUGAGCCCUCAGGAAUGGUAGACUUUUGUUUGUCUAACAAAGUGAACUGUGCCGUUGAAUGAAGUCUUAAAAAGCACACAGCAGGGUUUUUUUUUUUCAAACCACAAAACAUGCAUGUAUGGAACCUAGAAGACCACAUUUAGAGUCAUUUGUAUUUGAACUAAUGCAUGCAGCUACAACUCCUCUUUUUGGACCAGUGAGGACAUUUACCUGACAGGCCGAGACACCAUUCGUUUGGCCAGACAAUGACAAAUUAAUGUGUUCAAAAUUGACUCUCUUUUAUUCAGUUUAUGCCGGUACUAUCCAGAAAACAAGCUACAAUCGUACUGUAGAUAUGUGGGCAAAUACAUGUAGAUAGCUUUUCAAUCAGAGUAGAUAAAUGGUAAAUUUAUGAAAAGACAAACUCAUUUAAGAUGGCAAGUGGGCAGAAGUUAAGCUAAAAAGACAAUUAUGUAUCUGGUGCAAUAAUGGUAAAUAUGCUGAGGAAUGAUAACAGAAUCUUGUACGACAAAAUAUCAAAACAGGCUUUUGUGAUAAUCAUUCACAUAUUAAGUUUAUAGUCACAUCAUACUUCUUAAAAUAUAUAAAUCCAAAUUGACCAGUAUUGCAGUGUCCAUUAAUAUGAAGAAGGGGUAGAAUUAAGGGAGGGGAUUUUUUUUCCAACAUGGAAAAUACAAAUAAUUAGCACAUGCACAAAAUCCAACCUGUAACAGCAGUAAGGUCAUUUACUGUACUAUUUGAUCGAUUAAAUAUAUAUUUAUUUAUUCCAGCACAGUAACUCAAUUGUGCAUGAUUGGUUAUCAGUUCAUCAGAGAAAUGAAGCUAUAUCCUGUGAAAGGGAUUGUGUACUAGGAGGUAUUUGCUUUGUAAAAUAUUUGUGAAUCUGCAAAUUGCAGCAUUGUUCAAGAUGCAUUUUUACAAUUUGUUUAAAGAAAAAAUGCACAUAUCUUCAGUCAUUGAGUCACCAUGGUUUGCUUAAAUCAAGAUGACGUUGUAAAGUUAGGACCUCCACCCACACAGCAAGUGAAGAAUCAUAACAUUCCCCUCAUCACAGCGCUCUGUUUUGAGAAAAAUGGAUUAAAAUCUUGUGCUUAUCUUGUCUCUUUUAUAUAUUUUGAUCAAAACCGGCCUGGCCAGCAUACAAAAUGUGUGUUUUACAAUCUUACAUAAUUUUAUCUGAAAUAUCAGUAGAAAAAUUACAUAUUCUUGGCUUGAUUGUUUUUAAAUUUUGUUGUUCAUUCUACAUCAAAAUCAAUGCACGAUAAGUUAAUGGAGGAAUGGAGACGGCCCAAGUCCAGUUAAAUAAACCAAGUGCUCCUCCCUCUCACUACAGUUUGCUGCCACAUUUUUACUCUAGCAUUGUGAUAAAGUAAGUAACCUAUGAAAAACAAAAACGAAGCACAGGUAUAUGCAGUAGCAUAUACCUGUGCUUUUACCAUGUUUACUUAUGUAUACAUACCAAUUUUGAAAGGCUAAACUAGGAAAAAUGUUUUAUGAUUUUAUUUAUAAUUUAUGUAUUUUUUCCCAGUUAAAUUAUUGCUGAACAUCACAAAUAAUGUGCAAUGUUUAUACAACUAGAAAAUGGUAUUAAAUUAGAAGAUGGUAUUUAAAAAAUAUCUUUAUUCAUAGUCAAUAUACUGAUGCUAAAAUCUCCAUAGCCUCAUUACAUAAAGUACCAAUGCACAGUUCAUGAAUUGUUUUUAUAUAUUUUUGAUUAUCACUAAACAUUAAGGUAGCAAUUAUACUUUACGUUCAGAGGAAAAACCUUGAUAAAUACUGCUACUACCAGUCUAAAUGGCCACAAGACAAUUUAAUAUACAUGAGUGGUACUGUAGUGCAGCAUCUGGAAGCCCAUUUAUUAACAUAAAAUAAGAAAGAAUUAUUGGCAACAACCUAUAGUUUUAAUGCCAAAUGACUAAAUAUGAGGAGGAACAGUGCACUGAACACAACUUAAGCUGUCUUGCCAGAUUCAUCUUAGGAUACCGUGGUCUUUACAAUUAGCUUUCCUUCUAUUGUUCUUUGUAGCAACAGCAGAAUAAUUAAAUCUGAAAUAUAGACGAGCAAAUUAUGACCUUAAAUGUGAAGAAUAUGAGGAUGUAAGAACUACUGAUCUGCUACAAGUCAUUCUACCUUGGGAUACAGUGCCUUCAAACCCUCACUCACCCACAAUGCACCUGCAUAGGUCUUGGUGACCUAAAUUCCCAGGAUAGCUCUGCUCAGCUGGACCAUGGGUCUGCCACAUGAAGUGAAAACAUAUGUGAGGGUGUUCAGGGGCCUCAGCGACUCUCCAUCCACUCUGACUUAAGAAAGUACAGAAGUGCACUGCAUUCACUUCACAGAAAUAUAAAUCUCAUAAUUAGGACAUAGUGAGUAAAGUUAUGACUUACUAUCUAUUAAUUACCAGAAAAGACUGUUUAUAUCCCAAUAUUGUAAUUUAAAAAACAAACUUUCAUAAAUAUGAAAUUAUGUAGGACUAAUGGGUCAGGAGUUGGAAUGCUUCCGGACUUCCUUUUAAAUCAUCAGGUUUUAUGAUUUAUUCAGUUUCAAAGUAAUUCAGUGAUGUUAACAGUAAAUCCAUUGGUACAUAGCAAAAGCAACUGUUAAUAGCUAAUAGGUAUUCAAGAUCAUAUGAAUCAAAAAAUCGUGAUUAUGGAUGAAAAUCUGAAACUUUUCCCAUAACAAGACCUGCAUCUUGUAAUCAUGAGAUCUUUUCUUGUAAUGGUGACAUAUUAAGUCAUAUUUAUGAUAAACCGAAGCCAUAAUUACAAUUAUUACAUAUGACAAGGUCACCAAAAUGUUUCUCUGACGUGAAUGCAAUCUAUAAAAGGUCUUUCUCACUGUGUACCAUUCAAUCACUCAGCUGUAUUUCAUUGAGAUCGGUCAAAAAUAAGAGACAAUAAUCACGAAAAUCUGAUUUGAAUUCAUGACACGGUGACGGAAAAAUGGACAUGAACUCAGAGGGGUAUACAAAAUGCCCAUCAACAAAAAGAUCCAAAAGUUUUUGUCAAAGGAAUAGUUUGACAUUACGAAAAUUAUGUGCUUAUUCACCUUUGUUGGAGAGUUAGGUACUCUCAUGUCCAUAAGUUAACCAUAAAUACAGUUAAUACAUGAAAAUACAUCUUUUUUUUGGGAUCAGACAUGUACAACGUCCAACAAUUUCAACAAGCUCAGCAGAUAAUAUACUGUAAGUGUAAUUAUCAGAAGAGCAGCUUCAACAUCCCCCUGGCAAUAUAUUUAAGAAGGCAUGCAGAGAGAUUAAAACAAAAAACACCCAAGGUGUUUUAAUAGACUUUUCACCUCAGAUAUUUGGACUUGUCAUAGCAGAAAAAAAGCACAUCUGUGUGUAACACCAUCAAUGAUGACGUUACUUGACGUAACCGACAGCAGAAUUAAAACAUUUAGCAACUGGAGCUCUUGGAAGGCAGCCAUGAAGUUUCCAAGACGCAGGGCAAAAGAGUUGAAAACAGGUGGUUCUGGAAUCUGUCUUCAUGAAUUGACGUCAGAAACCAACCUGCAAAAUCGAACAUUAAAGUUUCUUAUUCUACCAGUUUUCAUGGACAGCAGAAACAAGUUUUGAACACAACCCUGACAUGCCAUCAUCGUUGAAGCUGCAAACCGUUGCUCACACAUCCAGCAGCUUCAGAGCAGCAUUAUUAUCAUUCAUUUGAAGUUAAGUUUCUGGUCACGUGACGUUAACUAUGUUUGAGCUCUGUUUUUGGUCUCCUCCAACUACCGAGGGAAGUAACUGGCUCUCAAGCUGCUAAAUGUUCAACUGUGUUCACCAGUUAACUGUCGUUAACUGUGUCUGUCUGCCAGUUGGUACUGAGCAGUGUAGUGGACAGUGGACAGUGGGCUCUUAAAAGCUUUUUUGCUGAAAACCGCAGCCUGCUGUUGCCGAAAAUGACUCUGUGAGAUUGGUUAGAGUGAAGCUCCUUACAUCCGAGGGUAGCUGCAGAUUCAGGUCACAACUGGGUGACCCCUUUCACAUGAUGCAAUAUAUUGUUUUCAAUUACUAUGAAAAUAUUGGUUCUACCAGCUUUAAGUUUAAAUGUUUUAAUGUUAAUAUGGCGAGCAGAGUGAGCAUUUGAGUCUUUGGGGCAUCUCAGGCGAGGUCUUUAAAGACCUAGAUGCUAAAGAACAAUCCUAAAUCUGCGGUUGAGGCUCAGAGACUCUGUAUUACCCAAGACCAAAAUUAUUAAAAAACUAAAUUAUGGAAACCAGCCCUCAUGAUAAUUAUUAUUUUAUACUGGAAUUUUCCAGCUGUAACAUGUCAAAUAUCUGUUGGGUCAAUUAGUUUUAUUCUAGAUGAUGGGCUAUGGUAAGGUUUCUCAUUUGUUGACGUGUCCAAAGAGCAAUUAAUCAAUUUUGGUAAGAGACGACAAUGAUUCAUUCAUACGUCUUAACAUUUUUAUAGUUACUUUUUCUUUCAACACAUAUCCAGACAAUAUCUACAAGAUGUAGAAAAUAUACUUUGGGUAUAUGUAUGCUAUGUUUAGGUAACUUUUGGGACAAUGUGUGCAAUGAAAUAAAAGACAAAUAUUUGUGCAAUAUUAGCUCUAACAUCAGGACAGCUAUCAACACAGCUGGCAGAAAACAGGGUGCAGUACAGCUUCUCAUAUUGCAGUCUUGAGAAAUGUGAGUGGUUAUACUUAUCACCUCCUGUGAUUUUGUUUACUUGUGUUACAGCACGUAGCUAUGCGUGUGAGAUUUCCAUUUCAAUGGAAGACACAAGCAUUGCUGUGGUUGGACAGAAUUUAUCAGUGAUAUUCUCCGGCACACAACACAAACAGGUUACCACCGGCCCAUGUUUUCCCUACAUCCUACAGUCUGUGGUUGUUGUGGUCAUGAUAUUGGUGAUGCUUUGAAACAUAGGAUUUAAGUGGUUGACCUCAAUUCAAUGGGAUGUCUUAAUGUCUGUGUAACUGAUGUAAUUAAUCAUGACUGGUUAAAUGAUUAAAAUUGCCUGAUCUUUGAUUUGCAUGUUUCCUUUUCUGAAAAAUAGAACAGACAAAAAAUAGAUACAGGGAAUGGAAAUAGAAGAAAAGCGAAAAAUCACAAGUGUUUUUGGGGGGUACUCCAGUCAUCAUUGGUUGUUUAUUUGUUAUCUCAAAAAGAGUCAGAUGACAAACUGACUCACUGGUUGCAAAAAGAAGUCUGUUUCUAUAGAAGUCUAUGAGAAAAUCACUAUUCUCACUUGAUUUAUAACGUCAGUAAACUUUUUCCAGGGGAGUUUAGUGCAGUUCGCAAAAUCAAUGGGUGACGUCAUGGUGGGCUGCCACUUGGCUUCAGCUACAUGUUUAAUUUUCAAAAACGACUACAUUUUAAAGAUGUUUGGACAUUUACCAAGCAAGGAGGAUAUAAUAUGGAAUAAUUGGACAUGUAUUUUAUGGCGCUCCAAACAUGCUAUGGACCAAAACUUAAUCACAAACUGGACAAAUAAGGCCCAGUACAUGAGGCACUCAACAGUUUUUAUUUUUGCCUGUGGGCCCCAAGAGGGUUUAAAAUUGGAAUAUUUUUCCCUCUAUUGCAUUAAGUACCCCAUUGAAUGGAUUUUUUUCUUCAAGAUGUGUCCAAAUAAAUCUUAUUUAUUCAGAUUUUAUCCAGAUCAAAUUGAGACAAUGCUUGGCAAUGCUAAUUAAGACACACUGACUUCAGUGCCAACUCUCACUUCAGUUAACCAUAUGUGAGUGACAGAGAAAGAGAGAGAGAGAGAAUUUACCUGUGUAAAUCUAAAAAGAGGGAGCAACUCUUCAGUGAGCAGCUGUGAUGUCAUCUCGAGUCCCAUAUGUAUGCUGAGCUGUAUCCGGCCCAGACAGAGGCAGACCGAGAGCAAAACAGACUGGGCUGUUGGGAGGAUAUGAUGCACAUACUGAGCAUCCUUGCAGACAGGAGAGCAGAAACAGACAAUUCAGGUGACCCCUAUGUUUCCCCAAGCUGAACAGAGGAUAAACGACACAACACGGGACGUAAUUCACUAAUCAAAUUGGUUUGGACCAUCGAAUACAGGCUCCAUGGUGCUAUAUUGUCUCCUGGACUGACAGAAGACUUUGCUGCUAAGGCCGUAGCACGCUGGCUCGGUUCCUCUCUGUUUUUUUGGGAGAAGCAAACUCUGUAAAUAUUUACACGCCACGUGUGACAGCUGCGAGGAACGGAGAAGACCUCAGGACUCCUUGCGACCUUUUAACUCGUGGCUACCUUCGUCAGGCCCUGCAGGCAAGGCUGGAUGUUGAGACUGUUGUGCCAUUUUGGUUGCGUUAAAAAACAGGACAGAACUUGAUCCAUAGAGUCUCGUCUUUGUUUUAUGAAACGUUGUGCUGCACCUCCUUCUCCCUGCGGGUCUACGUUUUCACCGCAAGCCCUUUUAUAGAGGGGGAAAACUGCUAAACAUAUCCUUGGAAAACACUUACUCACAGCCAUGUUCAUGGAGUCUGUGUUUUACACCGUUUUGAAAUGUGUCCCAAAUAUAUUGAUCCAAUCCGCAUGUAUGUUGCAAUAAAUAUCCUUUGUCUAUUUUAAUAAUAAUAAUAAUGAUCAUAAUAGCACUGUCCUUUGAUUAAACCACCCUUUCAAAAACAAGUUUACAAACAUGAAUCAGAAAAAUAGAAUACAUACAGUACAAUGAAGGAGAAGAAAAAAAUCUCAUAGAAAGAAGCAAAACUAUUUUAAGCCUAUUUACGAAAACAAGUCCCCUUUUGUCAGUGUCAUUAUAUUGACACUGACAAAAUAAUGUUUGCAAAAUAUUAUGACCGUAUUGGCUUUUUUCUACUUAUAUCUAGAUAAGGCUUGGCACAUGUAUGGAGCAUACUGUUUGUGUUCGUUUUUUAAAUGUGUACAAAACAGCAGUAAAUGGUAUGUACUGUGAUAGCUCGCUGAUAUAUUCUACAAUAUGUUCCAAAUAUACUGGAUUAAAGGUGCAUGGAAAUAUUAGAGCUCGGUAUAUGUAAAUGUAGGUCUGUGUCACAGGUGUAUGUGUGUAUUAAUGAAAUGUGUCUUUCUCCGUGUCCUCAAAUGCAAAAUGCAAAAUGUCCUAAAGAAGCUGGCGAACUACACGUAUCGGGGAUGAGGAUGCAUUGCUGCGUGUAGAGUAACUGUGUGCGCCCGUGUAAUCUGUCCCCUGACCUGUGUGCACAGGCCAUGGGCUGUGCCAUGUGCUCCCAGCUGGUUGACAUGUGCCCUGUGAGAGUGAGCCGGACGGGCCGCGGGGCCGUGGAGCUCACCACCCGGCCGCAGAUGCUCCACGGAGGCUACCACAGAGUGACGGGCCUCCACUACAUGUCCUCCUUCUCCGACGCCGAGGACUGCUGCGACGACACCAGCUCCGGCAGCUCGCUCACCUUGGACUGGCAGACUCAUGGGGACUGAUGGCUGACAACUCGACAGUGCACGCCAAGAGGUGUCGCACUACACACAUGUAAAUAAACCAGAUGAAACACACAGGGAAAUAUGGAAUAAAUGUGUCGACUGGUGUCGAGGAGGAACAC